AGGCCCUCUUCUCUCAUCUCCCUCUCAACUGUGCCCGGAAGCUCCAGACUAAACACAUCUCUGCACAUCAACUGAAGCAGGAUGGCCAACCCCGCGACCCCGCGCAAAUUCACGCUUGCCUCGCGCGCCUCACAGCUCGCGCAGGUCCAGACGGACUCCGUGCGCGACACGCUCGCGGCGCUGCACCCCGAAAUCGAGUUCGCGACGUCGUUCAUGACGACCGGCGGCGACCACAACCAGUCGCAAGCGCUCUACCUGCUCGGCGGAAAGGCAUUGUGGACGAAAGAGCUCGAGGUCGCGAUGCAGGAGGGCGUGGUGGACAUGCUCGUGCACUGUCUGAAGGACGUACCCACGUCGCUCCCCCCGGGAUGCGAGAUCGCGGGGGUGCUGGAGCGCGCGGACCCGCUGGACUGUCUGGUGGUGAAGAAGGAUGCGCCAUGGAAGAGCCUGGAGGAGCUGCCGGACGGGAGCGUGGUCGGGACAAGCAGCGUGCGCAGGGUCGCGCAGCUGAAGCGCAGGUUCCCGAAGCUGGUGUUCAAGGACGUGCGAGGGAACUUGAACACCCGUCUAGCAAAGCUUGACGCGCCCGACGGGCCCUACGCCGCGAUCGUCCUCGCGAAGGCAGGCAUGGUCCGCCUCGGAUGGGGUCCGCGCAUCACCGCCGAGCUGGGACCGCCCACCCUCAUGUACGCCGUCUCGCAGGGCGCGCUCGCGAUCGAGAUCCGCGCCGACGACGAGGCUGCGCGCGCGCUGUGCCGCUCGAUCACGCACUGGCAGACGGAGUGGUCGUGCUACGCAGAACGCGCGUGCCUGCGCGUACUCGAGGGCGGGUGCAGCGUGCCAGUCGGGGUGCACACGACGCUCGUCGAGGCGGAGGGCGACGUGCCCAAGGGCCGGCUAGAGAUCGUCGGUUGCAUCACCGCGCUGGAGGGCGAGACGCAUGUCGAGCACCGGAUCGAGGCCGACGUGCACUCGGUGGAGGAGGCGGAGGCGAUUGGCGCGAGGCUUGCGAAGGUGCUCAUCGAGACGGGCGGGCGGGCGAUCCUGGACGACAUCACCACCGACCGGGAUAGGAAGAUCCAGCUGGCGAAGGAUAACAACGAGCAGGUGUAAAGUAGAUGUAGGUGCCCCGGCGAGUAGAAGAAAGAAGAUAUGUACCAUGUACAUUACGAUGUAUACACUGC